AUGGACUCCGCUGAAGUUGAAGCAUCUAAGAUGUACAUCUCGUACAACAAUAUACAUCAGCUAUGCCAGGAAUCUGCAGACAAGAUAAAGGCAUUCAAGCCUGACCUUAUUAUAGCCAUCGGUGGUGGUGGUUUCAUACCAGCUAGAAUGUUGCGUACCUUCCUUAAGGAACCUGGUCAAUCCAACGUUCGUAUAAUGGCCAUCAUUCUUUCCCUUUACGAAGACAUCGGAACUGUUGGAUCUCAGGUGGAAGCCGUUGGAACCAAGGUUGUUAGAACACAGUGGAUUGACUACGCUCAAUCCCAAGUUGACUUGGUUGGUAAGAACAUCUUGAUUAUCGAUGAAGUUGAUGACACCAGAACCACCUUACACUAUGCCGUUUCUGAAUUGAAAAAGGAUGUUGUUGAGCAAUCUUUGGCCAAGGGUGUCGACCCAGCCUCCACCAAGUUUGGUAUCUUUGUCUUGCAUGACAAGGUAAAGCCAAAGAGAGCCGAUCUUCCUGAUGAAAUAAUGAAGACAGGUAAUUACUUUGCUGCUAGAACUGUCCCAGAUUGUUGGAUUGCUUACCCAUGGGAGUCCACUGACAUUGUUUACCAUACAAAGAGAGCCAUGGAGCAAGGUAACGAUGUUUUCAUCGCUUCUACAACUAUAUAA